UACUCGACUAACUUGGACCCACUUUGUCAGCAAACGUUUGAGUUCUUUACUUUGACUAGAUGAACUUUAAAAGGAAUUAGAGCUCCUAAGCUGUUUUUCACAGGCUUAACCGUAAAGAACCACCGGUUUGGGAGCCUCUGCAGAUUUUUCUUUCACUUUGGGUUUUCCAGCAUUCCUCUUUGUUGCAGAAACAGAUGCCACUUCCUCUUCAUUUGAAGACAUCCCGUGACCUUCUGAUCGACCCCUGACCAAACUGGACACGACUUCUUGGUUUGAUUGAAGUUUUCCCAGCAGAAAUCUCUUCCUCGCCAUGUCCUGUGAUUCAGACCCUUACGUCUUCUCCACCGACACUCUACCCAAUGACCUCCGCUUCCUCCCUCCACUGGCCAACGGGCGUCUGGGCUGGAAGGUGUACAACAACAUCAUGCACAUGGGUGGUGUGUAUAACGGAGAGGGUGGACAUUGUCACCGCGCGGAUGUCCCCUGUCCUCUGGCGGUUAAAGUUGAGGUGGAGGAACCUGCCCGACAUACCUACAGUCUGGACACACACACAGGCAUUUUCACACACACCAUGAGCUCAGCCAGAGUAACAGCCACACAGUCUUUGUAUUCACAUCGCUACUACUCCAACCUGAUGGUGAUGGAGAUUUUGUUGGUGCGGCAGGUGACGUCAGAGGAGGCAGUUACUGUCAAGCUGGUCAGUUCGUUCACACCUGAGAGCAAAGACAUUGAUUUUGAGUCUGGUCCUGAUUACAAAGGAGGGAGACACAUCCAAGGCCAGACAACCACUGCUGAGUUCCCCGGUGGCUCCUGUCCCGCAGUGCACCUUCUCUGGACCUACAUACCUGAGACUCUGACGCUGCCUCCAGAGCAGAGCCAGGCUCGCUGGGGCUUCAUCUUGAUUGUGGCCAAUAGUUUAGACUCUGCUGAGGCCAGUUUUGAUGAGGGCUUGGAUCUGAUGGCGACUGGUAACUUGCGUCCCUCUCACGAGAAGGCCUGGAAAGAGCUGUGGCUGCAGAGCACGGUGGAGGUGACAGGGUCAGAGAGUCUCUCCAAGGCUCUGAUCGGCUGCAUGUUCUACCUCCUCAGUGCCUUCCCCUCCAUACAUGACACCUCCAGCUCCUUUGGUGGAGUCAGUCCAGGUGGGCUGUCAAAUGGUGGGGAUGGUCAGGACUACUGGGGCCAUGUUUUCUGGGACCAGGACAUCUGGAUGUAUCCUGGGAUCGCCCUUUUCUACCCCAAGUUAGCCCGAGCUGUGCUGGAGUACAGGGUGAAGACUAUAGAUGGCGCAAAAGACAACGCCCAAAGGCAGGGCUUAAAGGGACUAAAGUUUCCGUGGGAGAGUGCUGUGUCAGGGCGGGAGGUGUGUCCCGAGGACAUUUAUGGACAACAAGAGAUUCACAUCAAUGGAGACGUGACCCUGGCCUUCCAGCACUAUCUCUACCUCACUGAGGAUCUGUCCAUGUUCAGAGAGGGACAGGGCAGCGAGGUGAUAUACGGUGUGGCUGAUUACUGGGUUUCUAGAGCAACAUGGAACCCUCAGGAGCAGAAAUAUCACCUCCUAGGUGUCAUGCCACCUGAUGAGUAUUAUUACAAUGUCAACAACUCUGUCUACACAAACACAGUGGCCAAAUUCAGUCUCCAGUUCGCUGUAGAGUUGGCUGAUAUACUCCAGCAUCCUGCACCAAAGGAAUGGAAAGACGUGGGCGAACACAUCAAGAUACCUUUUGACCAAGAAUCCCAGUACCAUCCUGAAUAUGAUGGCUAUAUUAAAGGUCAUCCAGUGAAACAAGCAGACACAGUGAUGUUGGGCUACCCUCUUGGACUCACAAUGUCUCCAGAGAUCAGAAGAAAUGAUCUGGAAGCGUAUGAGCCAGUCACAGACCCUAGUGGUCCAGCAAUGACAUGGGGUAUGUUUGCCAUCGGCUGGCUGGAGCUGGGGGAGGCUGAGAAAGCUCAGCGUUUACUUGAGAAGUGCUUCAGCAACAUCCAGGGCCCGUUCCAGGUAUGGAGUGAAUCAUCAGACGGCUCUGGUGCGGUCAACUUCCUGACAGGUAUGGGAGGAUUCCUGCAAGCUGUGCUGUUUGGUUAUACUGGCUUCAGAGUUCAGAAGGAAUGCCUGGCCUUUUCCCCACUUCUUCCCCAUGACAUUUCUGAGCUCUGUGUCCGUGGUGUGAACUACCUGGGCAGUCAGAUGGACUGGCUGCUGAGGAAAGAUGAUGUUUGCAUCAUACUGAGGGAACAGGCAAGCAGAGAUGGCGACGCCAAGCCCUACGAUCUAGUGGUUGUCCUGAAAGCAUCAGGAACUAAAAUCCCUCUCACACCAGGGCAGCCAGUAACUUUUCCUCGAGAGCCAGGAUAUGUUUGCAAACUGGCUUGGACGUCUUCCUGCUGGCCUUUCUGAAACAGGAGCCCUGACCCUGCUAAUCAUUUCACUUAUGCAUAUUUAAACAUAUGUUGAACUUAUGUUGUAUGGUAACAUUCACUUGACCAACCAUGGACACGAUGUACAAAAUUCAAAAAAGAAGGGCAACAUGAGUUCCAUGUUUUUAUGGUUACAUCGCAGAGCAGGAUCAUAAGGGAUUUACAAAAUGUGAAUGGAUUAUUUGUUUAGAUUUAAUGAAAAGAAAAAUGCAAAAAGAAAAACUGGUUUUGUGAGAACUGUGAGGUGGGGAACUGAUGGUGAGUAUGUAGCACCUGCUCCCUUGUUUAUUUGUUCAUUUUAAAAUUUGGUACAAAAAUGUCUUGAAAUUUAUUUACACUAUUUGGAAUACUUUUUGAAAAAGCUCCUCAGUUCUAUAAUAUGCCAUGUUACAAAACCUUGAACCAAUUAUGUUGUAUUGUAAAUGAAAUAUAUUCAAAUAAA